CUACUUGUCCAAUCACUAGGCCAGAUGGCUUCACAAGAUGGCGGCGCGCGGGGAUCGUAGCAUUUGCGUUUCUAGGAGCUUCGCGCUGCGAGUGACGUAAAAAUUUGGGACUGUACAGGCCCACGCCAGACACAUCAUCGGGCAAAAGCAUCCACCUUAGAGAUGGCUCUGAGUAAGUCAAUGCAUGCAAGAAACAGAUACAAGGACAAACCUCCUGACUUUGCAUAUCUGGCAUCCAAAUAUCCAGAUUUUAAGCAACAUGUUCAGAUAAAUCUGAAUGGAAGAGUGAGUCUUAAUUUUAAAGACCCUGAAGCAGUCAGAGCUUUGACUUGUACUCUCCUGAAGGAAGACUUUGGACUUUCUAUUGAUAUUCCAUUGGAAAGACUAAUCCCCACAGUUCCUUUGAGACUCAACUACAUUCACUGGGUGGAAGAUCUGAUUGGUCAUCAGGAUGCUGACAAAACUCCGCUUCGAAGAGGAAUUGACAUAGGCACUGGGGCAUCCUGCAUCUAUCCUUUACUUGGAGCAACCUUAAAUGGCUGGUAUUUCCUUGCAACAGAAGUGGACGAUAUGUGUUUCAACUAUGCAAAGAAAAAUGUGGAACAGAAUAACUUAUCUGAUCUCAUAAAAGUGGUAAAAGUACCACAGAAGACACUUCUAAUGGAUGCUCUUAAAGAAGAAUCUGAAAUAAUUUAUGACUUUUGCAUGUGCAACCCUCCUUUUUUUGCCAACCAGUUGGAGGCCAAGGGAGUAAACUCUAGGAAUUCUCGAAGACCUCCACCUAGUUCUGUAAAUACAGGAGGUAUCACAGAAAUCAUGGCAGAAGGAGGUGAAUUAGAGUUUGUUAAAAGAAUCAUCCACGACAGUUUGCAACUUAAAAAAAGAUUAAGGUGGUACAGUUGCAUGCUGGGAAAGAAAUGUAGCCUGGCUCCUCUGAAGGAAGAGCUUCGCAUUCAGGGGGUUCCUAAAGUCACCUUCACUGAGUUCUGUCAAGGUCGGACAAUGAGAUGGGCCUUAGCCUGGAGUUUUUAUGAUGAUGUCACAGUACCAUCACCACCAAGUAAGCGAAGAAAAUUAGAGAAGCCAAGGAAACCCAUUACAUUUGUAGUGCUGGAGUCUGUAAUGAAAGAGUUAUCCCUCAAAGCAUCAUCUUUGGGCUCUGAGACAGUGGAAGGCAUAGUGGUUGUGACAACAUGGAUAGAAAAAAUUCUCACCGACCUGAAGGUUCAGCAUAAACGAGUUCCCUGUGGAAAAGAGGAAAUUAGCCUUUUCCUGACAGCCAUAGAAAACUCCUGGAUUCAUUUAAGAAGGAAGAAGAGAGAACGAGUGAGACAGCUGCGGGAGGUGCCUCGAGCUCCUGAGGACGUGAUUCAGGCCUUGGAGGAGAAAAAGGCCACCUCCAAAGAGUCGGGCAGUAGCCAAGAUGUGGCCCUGAUCCCCCAGGAGAGUGCCCUGUGUGGCCCUCCUCUGCGGGAAGAAGAGUCUGCCACUGUCGGGGGACACUGCCCAGCCCAGGAGCUGUUUUCCCAGGAGGAAACUCCAGAACCUCUGGAGGAUGAAAUGAGUGAGGAAAAGGGAGGGACAGAGGUUGUAGAAAGUUGUAAGGGCUCUAGCAAUGGAGCCCAGGACCAAGAGGCUGACAAGGGGAAGCACCUCCAAGGAGCAGGUGCACAGUACCUAUUCAAGUGCUUGAUAAAUGUCAAGAAGGAAGUGGAUGAUGCCUUAGUUGAAAUGCACUGGGUCGAGGGCCAGAAUAGGGAUUUAAUGAACCAGCUUUGUACCUACAUACGUAACCAAAUUUUCAGACUUGUUGCUAGUUAACUCCAAACUUCUUGUACUGUUCAGUGUUUGUAUGGGGCUGGGCAUAGCUCAGUGCUAAAGCACGUGCUUAGUGUGCAGAAGCCCUGGGUUCAGUUCCCAGCAUCCCCCCAAAACAAUAGCUUACUUUGGUGUAGCCUGUGGGUGGGAAGGAUAAUUUCUUCCCUGGCCCACAAGUGUCAUUGUGUGGAAUUAUUUUAAAAAAUAGAAACCGAUUAAUCUACUUACGCCAUCCCCUUUGCUGCCAUUAGUUUUGUUUUGUUUUUUGUCACAGGGAGUUGUAGAGUUUUUACUGAUCAUCAGCAAUAGCAGAAAGCCAUCAAUGAACUUGAGGAAUUUAAAGCUGAACUGUAGUAGUGGGGCAGGCAGAGAAGCCCAGGAGCCCUGAACAUCAUUAAGACCAAAUUUGCUCAACCUGGGCACAUGUGAUAAUGAUUAACUGUGCUCAAGUCCCCAGGAAGGAGCUAGCCCUAUGAGAGUCUCAGAGCUAGAAGCCUUAGGGCAGGAAGCAAGGCCCUGGGGACUGCCUGGGACACUGCACAUUUCUGAUUUGUGGCUUUUUUUUUUUUUUAAAUUGAGAAUCGAACUCAGGACUUUGUGCUUGCCAGGCAGGCGUUUAUGCCACUAAGCUAUAUCCCCAGUCCUUGUGGCUGUUUUGAUGUUGCUUAUUUCAGAAGCAGAAUUAGGUAAGCAAAACUCCAAGAUGUGACUGAGAUACAACAGAACACACCCAUACCCUCACCUCUAAUUUGUCAAAAAUACUAGUAUUUUGUAGCAGUUUCACUCUGUGUUUUUGUUUUCAGCACGUGAAGUAGAGCUUGUUUCGUUUUUAAUAUAAGAAUUUUCAGAAUUGAAAACUGUCGAUCCUGUUUGACUCCUGGGGUUGGGGAAACAUUAUCUUGGCUUUGAGUGGGGAAGUGUUAAUGAUAGAAAUAAGAAAGGGAACAGGGUGUUUUGUGGAGUAGGUAACUGAAGAAAUUCUUGCUUGCAGCCAGGCUUGAUAGCACACAUGUGUAAUCCCUGCACUUGAUAGUCUGAGGCAGGAGGGUCACUGAGUUUGAGGCCACCCUGGGACAGAAAGUGAAUUCUAGGCAAGUCUGGACUAAAUAGAGACACCCUGUCUCAGAAAACAAACAAAAAGAGAAAGCCUUGCCUUUUGACAGGUAAUUUAUUGCUGACCAAAUGCUGCUUUUUGUGGCUUUUCUUUUAAUCCCGUAUAUAGUUAGUUUCUAGCAUUGAAGAAUCCUGAGGCUAGUGUAACCAUUUCAUCAAAACUGGCCUCUAAUUGAGAUGGCAGGAUGUGGCAAAUACCUCUGGAAAUGGCUCUAAAUCUGCUGUGCUCGACUUUCACAGUUUGAUUUGUACCUGCAGCCUAGAAUUCUCUUUGGACUGAUUCUUUCAUCUGUGCCACAUGUUAAGACAGAGUUGAGUUAACCUGCACUUUUGAGAGGUGGCUGUUGGUUAGGGCAGAAAGCUCAUGUUUGUGGCAUACCUUGGUGGCAGCUGUGUGACACCCUUACAUAGAUGUAAAGAAUGUAAACAGUUUGCCUUGCUGUGGUAGCAGAACUGGAGCUGGGGAGGAGCAUUUAAACCAGUAUUCUUAACCUGGUCAGGAGCCUUGAGCGCAUCUGUAAGCCUUCUGGAAUUGUUUCUAAAACAUGUGUUUGUUUUUUGUUUUUCCCCUCUCCCCUAGGGAGAGUUUGUCACAUAGGAAUAGAAGUUAGUAACCUACUAAAGAUAAAGAACCACUAUUCUGAUCCAGCCAUUUAUUUAACAAGAUGAAGAAAUCAAUGGCCAGGGUCACAUAGAACCCAGAUCUCAUCCAGGGCCUUGGAUCACCCAUGGCCAGUCCCCCUUCCCAUGUUGGCCUAUGGCCUCCUGUUGUACUUACAUAGAUGUGUAGCACAGUUAUGUAAUAUGCUGGGUCCAAUCCUAGUCUUCCUGACGAAAUUGUAGGAUCAUUUAAAAAUGAAAGCCAGAAAUGACAGCAAAAUCACCUCUGCAUAGUCUUAGCCUUCUCUAACACUCAACCACUGUUGGUGUUUGCGUUUCCUUUCAGGCUGUCUGUAGAUGGGAUUUGAGUGUGUGGAGAUAACGUUGGUUGUAUUUACGUUGUACAGUCAGUAUAUUGCACUGUAUGUUGUGCAUCUUUCCAUUUACUGUCUCUUGAGUAUUCUUCCUUGUUAUGGCAGUAUUUACUUAUACUCCACCUGUUCAAAAUGUCUCUCAGAGGGCUGGGGAUAUCGCUCAGAAGCAUAGCCCCUACCGUGCAAGGGCGAGGUCAUGAGUUCAGUCCCUGCUACCAAAAAAAAAAAUGUCUUUCAAUGUAGUUCAUAGAUGAUACUCAGUGUCUGGAGACAGAAAAGGUGUGUCUGUGUCUAUUGUUUUAGUCCUAGGCUUCUGUUUUAUUGUCAGAGUUGUUUUUGUAGGUGUUAAUGGUCCUAGAAUUUUAAAAACAUAUUACCAAGGGUGGUGUCCAGUCUUUGAAAAACUAGAGCUAUGAGUGCCUUCUUUGCAUUUUCUUCUUUGAGAAUUAUUUCUAAAAUUAUCUCAAGCGAGGACAUUGAAAACAUAAAAGGACAUCUAAAAUUAUUUUGGUCAUUCAUAUUCUCUAUAGUCAUAUAUAGUGUGUGAUAGCAUACACCUCUGGUAUGGGGAUAUGAGCUUUUUUGUUGUUGUUGUUGUUGUUUUUUUAAUUUUUUCCUCAAAGAAAUGGGUUGCUGACCAGUAUCCAUAUUGAGUGAUACUCUCCCUCAGUGUCUAGAAGUUAAAUUCAUGUUGGUGAAUUGGUGUGAAAUCAAAUCUUUGUGGUGUUAUCUUAUAUUCUAUUCUGGUUCUUGAAUUGGCUUCUGAUCUCUUGAUAGCUAAAACGGGAACCAAAGCCAAGCUUGUUUUCUGAGGCGAACUAAAGCAGCCUUUUGUUCUUUGGACCCUGCUUUGGUUCCAUCUGAUUGGUUUCUUUACCCUACAUCCUUGCUCAGCUGUUCCCACACCAGAGCUUUGCCUCACAUCCUGCCAGGACUGGCAGUUCUGUAAGUGAAGAUUCAGCUGAUUUUAAGGGUUUGUGUUAAUUAGUGUAUGCUUUAAAAAAAUAAAACCAUCUUCAUUUGACAGAAAGCAAAGCUUACCCGUAAGCAAGCAAAUAGCUUCUAAGUUCUUGCAGAAAUGAUAAUAUCGCAAGGUGGUCAACAGAUGCAAAGCCUGUGGAAAAUCUAAGGCCUUUUAAAAGAAGUGCGUUAGUGGAUUCGCCAGCAUUUCCCUCUCUGGCCACAUGGGGGUGCUUUCAGCCCUUUCAUCCAGCUCCUUAACUUCAGUGUGGGAAUUGAUAAAAUUGUGCCCAUAGUAUUUUCUUGGAAGAUCCAGUUGUUACACAGAUUAAGUAUUUUUAUAUAAAUAAGUACAUUUUCUAUGAAAAGUUUGAAAAAUAAAUGUAGAAAGAAAAACACUAUCCAUGGUCUUUUUGUCAAAUAUAACCCCUUUCUAAUUUUUUUUUAAUGGUCUCAGUUGAAUAUUUUUUUUCUAUUGGUCUUCAUACUCUAGAAUAUAUUUAGUUUGGUUUAUUUGUGUUUGGAUCAGCUUUUUUAUUAAUAUUUAGCUAAUAGGAUACUGGAGAGAGACUGUUCAGUGAUUUUUUUUUUUUUUUUUUUUUUUGUCUUUUUCAUUUUUAUCGGUACCAGGGAUCGAACUCACGACCACCUACUUGCAAGGCAGGUGCUUAUGCUGCCGAGCUAAAUCCCCAGGCCCUGUUCAGUGAUUUUUAAAAUAGUAACUUCUCAAAAGCAUUGUUCCAGGUGAAGUAACAGAGCGCCAAGAAAGAAUUUUCAGUGUUUUUUUUUUUUUUUUUUUUGACUCUUGUUUUGAGUUUAUCUGGUUGUCUACCUAACAUGCACAUAAUGUGUUGUUUAAAAAAAAAAUCUGCUUGGGAAUGGUGAUGCAUGCUGGUAAUCCCAGCAUUCAGGCGGCUGAGGCAGGAGAAUUGUUGGAGGUUCAAGGCUAGCCUGGGCUACAUACCGAGACCUUGACUCAAGUCCCCACCCCGCCCAGAGUUGGUAAGGGUCCUGUGUUAUGUGGGUUAGCUGGGUCUUGUUUCUUAUAAGGAAUGUGUGUAGAAUAUGGGUAGUACAAACUCUGGGAUUUGUGUGGGCUUAAGAAGGCCCAUGUGUCCUUUCUUAGUGACACUGGGUCAGUGUUGUCAGUGAUCUCACCCAGCAGAUUUGCCCAUUAGUGGGAAGAAGAUCCAGUUGGAAAGCUAAGACAGGGGUCCUUCAGAAGAAGGAAAGUCUCAGAGAUACCACGUGGGGUGCCCCGAGGAAAGGGGUGAAGCUCAGUCAUUUGCGGAAAGGAGACGCUCUGGAGGUUUAGGUUGCUGAGCAAAAACCUCGGUCAGGUCUUAUCCUAUUCAUUAAUAGAAGGAAUUGGCUUUUGCCUCCCUGAGCAGAAUUGAUGAUUUUGAGUUUUUGUGAUUAUCCCAAAUCUGUGCCCUGUGCAAACACCAGCACUGUGUUAGAGAGCCUGCCUGGGUCCUGAGCUGCUCGAAACAGCGUUCCUCACACCCACGGUCCCUGCUGUGCUCACGGAAGACACUGGGUUCCUCUGCUGUGACUCAUCCAAAUGACUAAAACAGCGGUUUAUUUUUUUAAUUGCUGGUUGGAACUGCUAAUGCCUCCUUUUGGAGGCUGUGCUUUUACCAUGGAAAACUCUGUUGUGACUGAGUGGAGACCUUGCCCCUGCAAAUGCCCUUCAAGGUGUCAUCUAUCUGCCAGCCUUAGUCCAAGCAGAAACAUCAGGUCAUUGUGUUCCCAGGGAAGUGGAGGAGCAUGAGUGUGCCUCAGGAGCAGGGAUUGGAGCCAGAAGAGAUGUGGAGUUGGGCAGGGUUGGCUUGGAUCUGAUGCUCUGAAGAGGGCAGAGGCUAUAGAAAUCCAGGAUACUUUUCCAGCCACCCUAGGGAAGCAAAACUGGGAGAGAGCACAUAGUUCAUUGGCCCUAUUUCCUCUCCCUCUCCAUAUAUAAGGUACAGCAGUCUCACUAAACUUCCUCGUGUAAUGCUGAGGGCCUCUUGCACUCAGGGUGAAGUACGUGAACAGAAAGGGCCUUGCAGCCUGCUUGUGUUAUUCUGCUUGGGGUUUCUGAUUUCUAGUCAGAAAAUACACCAGUGGAUUCAAAUGAAAAGGUCAAGACUGCAAAUAAAUAAUUGCAGGUAUAGAAUUUUGUCUGUUGUCCAAGAACAAACCUGGACAUCUUUUUAGCAGGGAACUGUCUCACUGAGGUGGUGAGUGGUCUCUGUGUGGCGGCCGAGGGAAGCUCAGAGCAGCUUGGAGUGUUACGGUGCAUGUGUGCGGUCUCAGGGCUCAGAGGUUGAGGUGGGAUGGCUGAGCGUUCUGGGCCACACAGUGAAUUUGAGACCAGCCUAAACUACACAGUGAGAUCCUCUUUCUGUCAAAAAACACAAAUAAAUAAACAAAAAACAAGAGUUUUAAGUUGCUUGUUCUAAGAUUGUUCAUAGAGUAAAGAUGUGAUAGGCGUUGGACUCCAGGAAUUCAAGACUAGAAUACUUUGCUAAAUCUCAGAAUUUUGUGACAAAAGUGCUGCACUUCAGAUGAGAAUGUCUUUCAGCCGCAUUUGAUCCAGCUCUACGGAAUUACCUAAUAUGGGGAAGCUAGAAAAUGUAUAUUUUAUCCAGUGUCACACUUUAGCACUUUAAGGUAAGGUUAUUUUCCAGCCUGUGACCGAUGAGUGGUUUAUUAAGUGAAAUUACUUAAAAUUAUUUCUUCAUUUAUGCCACCGAAUCUUUACAGAAUCUUGUAUUUGGCAAAAGGGCAGAUAAUUAAGUAGUUAAUGAAACCACAAAAUAAAAUGUCUGGUGAAAGCA